AUGAAAAUUUUCCAACUGGCUACAACACCACCAGUUAAACCUCUCAUGUUGCAACCAUACAGGCUACAGGGUAGCAUACGAUCAUUCUCCAAAAGAGCCUUUUUACUGCAAAAGUUUCUCACUCCAAAUGAAGUAGUUUCUAAAGCCAAACAAGAACAACUUGAAAAUCAACAAUUUCAAUCACAAUUGCGUCAAGAUCAAUUACCAUAUAUACCAAGGACGUUUAGUUCACACACCACUUUCCAAGAAAACAACAAACGUCCCAUCCCUCUCAAUGUUGAGUUAUUACAAUACAAACCAUUGAGAUUGUCCCAGACUCAUGGCGAUGAAGUAGCUACGUUGACAUUACGUGGAUACAAUGACGAUGACUUGAUUCGUAUGGGUGAAUUUGCAUUACGAGCAGCUUAUUACUUGGGUAUUCCCAUGUCGAAAUUGGCCUCUCUCAAGACUGAAAAGAGAUUGUAUACCGUGAUUAAGUCGCCAUUUGCCCAAGCAAAGACGAAACAAAAUUUCCAUCGAACCACGUAUAACAAGCAGUUGAUUGCUUAUGAUGCUAAUCCAGAAGUUGUUGAUUUGUGGUUGAGUUAUGUUAACAAGUACAAGUUGCAAACUGUUGAUAUGAAGGCUACGGUUGUAGCGAGAGAAGGUUUGAAUUAUAAUGAAGAAGUGGCUAAUUUGGAUGACUUUGAAUUUCCUCAAGCCUAUGAAGGAUUGGAGGAUCCAGUUGCUCAAAAAGUGAAGGAGUUGUUACAAUCAGAUGAAUUUAAGAAAACUUUAUAA